GACUCACCACCUCGCCAAACUAAGCUUGACAUCAGAGUCUCUCGAUGUCAUAUAAUUAAAAUCCGGCCAGUGAAAGAAAAAAUAGUAAAAAAAAAUGAAAUUGACCAUAGUAUUCGUAAUCGCCCUUGCGGCUUUCGCCAAAUCCGAGGACAGUGACAACACCAUGGAUAUAGCCAUAAGCUUUGUCAAGGAUUGCAAAGGAGACUACUUUUUAUGUGUUAAGGAAAAGUUACUACGAAUCGUCGACAAUCUAAGGGCGUCACGGAGCAUAACGAUUGCCGAGGGCAUUGUCCUUAAAGGCGACCCCGAAAAGAAGACCGGGAAGAAAUUAGACGCUCUGCCAGUCGACCCCACAGCCAGAGAUGCCGAGGUCAACUAUAGGCUUAUGGAUGGAGUAGUCAGCUUAUUCGAAACUCACGCUGUUGAGGUUAAAAUGAAUGAGGCCGACAAAGAGACUCUGCAGAGGUCUCUUGAAGAAGGCCGUGGUAAGAAGAAAGGCGGUGGUCUAGGUGCCAUCAUCGGUCUACUCGGAGCCAAGGUUUUACUUGGCAAACUCUUGAUCGUCAAGCUCAUCGCCCUGAAAGCGUACGCCACAGCGAAGAUUGCCCUAGUCCUUGCCGUGAUUCUCUUCGUUGCUUGGUGCUUGAAACACGACCACAGCAAAACCACAUACGAAGUUAUCCCACACGCGCACCACCAUGAAUCCCACCACCCUGUUCAUGUAGAACAUGUUUCCCACGAUAUAGGACACGGGCACGGCGGCGGCGGCUACUCCAGCUACGGCGCAGACUGGAACAAAAACCUAGACGAAGCUCAAGGCCUAGCUUAUAGCGCCUACUCUCACAAUAAGUAGAUAGAAAAAUACCAAACAGGACGGCGACGUCCGAAACUUUAACCUCUUUUGUACAAAGACUUAUUUAUUUUAUUUAUUAUUAAUUUAUUGCCAUUAACUUAUUGAAUGUUCUUAAUAAAUUAUUGUUUCAA